UCAGGUUUACAUCACCCUGGCCGGAGUUGGAGCCCGGCGCUCGGCGCCCCCGAGACACUCGCAGCGGAAGCGGGCGGCUCCGCACGCGUCUGGCUGCUGGGGACCGAGGCCAGAGCUCCACCCGGAGCCGAGCUCAGCUACGGCGGAGCAGUGCGGGCCACCCGGGGGUGCCUCGCGACUCUGAGCUUGGCCGGCGCCGGGACCCCACCGCGCGCGAGGGCAAGAUGCGAGCCACUCCUCUGGCUGUUGCUAAGGGUGCUCUCUCCGGGAAGAAGCGGUUGGAGUUGGAGGAUGACCUAGACACUGAGUGUCCCAGCCGGAAACAAGCUCGAAGUGGGCCUCAGCCCAGGCUGCCCUCCCGCCCACUGCUCCUGAGCCCACCCCCUGCUCCCGUCCACACCCCUGCUGUGACCGUUGCCUCCAGGCUUGGACCCUAUGUUCUCCUGGAGCCUGAGGAUGGCAGCCGGAGCUACCGCGCCCUGCACUGCCCCACAGGCACGGAGUACAUCUGCAAGGUGUACCCGGCCUGCGAGGCCCUGGCGGUGCUGGAGCCCUACUCGCGGCUGCCCCGCCACGGCCACGUGGCCCGGCCGGCAGAGGUCCUGAGGGGCACGCAGCACCUCUACGCCUUCUUCCCGCGGCCGCAUGGGGACAUGCACAGCCUGGUGCGCCGCCGGCGUCGCCUCCCGGAGCCCGAGGCCGCGGCGCUCUUCCGCCAGAUGGCCACCGCCCUGGCGCACUGCCACCAGCACGGGCUCGUCCUGCGCGACCUCAAGCUGCGGCGCUUCGUCUUUACCGACCCGGAGAGAACGAAGCUGGCGCUGGAGAAUCUGGAGGACGCCUGUGUGCUGACUGGGCCUGAUGACUCCCUGUGGGACAAGCACGCAUGCCCAGCCUACGUGGGUCCCGAGAUCCUCAGUUCCCGGGCAUCCUACUCGGGCAAGGCAGCAGAUGUCUGGAGCCUGGGUGUGGCGCUCUUCACCAUGCUGGCCGGCCACUACCCCUUCCAGGACUCAGAGCCUGUCCUGCUCUUUGGCAAGAUCCGCCGUGGGGCCUUUGCCCUGCCCGAGGGUCUCUCAGUCCCUGCCCGCUGCCUGGUCCGCUGCCUUCUCCGAAGGGAGCCGACUGAGCGGCUCACGGCCUCGGGCAUCCUGUUGCACCCUUGGCUGCGGGAGAAUGUGAUCCCUACACCCUCCUCGAGAUCCCGCCUCUGCGAGGCUGACCAGGUGGUUCCCGAAGGGCCUGGGCUAGAGGAGGUGGAGGAGGAGGGAGAAAGAGAUGUGGGUCUCUAUGGCUAAUGCCACCCUACUGGACUCUCAGCCUCAGACUGCGAGUUAAGUCUGCAGUAUCUCCAUGCUCUCGCCUGCUUCUUUGAACUGAGCCAAACCUUAAGUGCCUUCUGGAAGGGAGAGAGUAAGAGGUUGUGUGGAGCGUGCUGGACACACACACCUGUGCGUGUGAGCUCAUGCCUCACCAAGUUGUCCUCGGGAGCUCACUGUGCUGGGAACACAGCAGUGAAUAACAGAGACAAAAGUCCUGCUCACGGAGUUGACAGCACUUUCCAUGCCCACAGGUCAGUGUCUACACAGAGCACCCACACUGCAGGUGUUGGCAUCCAUUCAUGCUGAUGCCAGGCACCUCUGACAUGGGACAGUCCCUUUCACAAACAACCCAGUUGCCUUUGAAUCUUGCACCUUUUCAGAGAAAGGGAAGCAUCCCUGUGCCAAAGGCUCCAGGCCUCUCCCCUGUAACUCGGGGCCCGAGAGCCCAGACCAUGCUGGGCAUUGUGCUCCCAGCGGCUCUGUCCUCAUGGUCAAGGGCUUCUCCAUCCGGCCUGAGCCAAGGUUUUGGGCUGGAAGAUCAAGAGGGCAAAUGGUGAGGCUGGUCCUUAUCUAACUCAAAGAGUGGUUCGGUGUGAGGGACCAGGCCUGUCCACUUCAGUGGCCCGCUCCUGACCUGAGCACCAGAGUUGGGGGCCAGAAUCAGGAAGGUUCUGUCCCCUGGCCUCCUGGAAAAGUCCAAGCCUUGUUCUGGGGACAUUUGGGAUCCAGGACCCUACAUCAACACUAAGGGUUUUGGAUGCCAUCAGUAUAUAUUUUUAUCUUGUGCCUAAUAAAGGAAUUAUGAAA